AUGAAAGAUUAUAUUAAACGUAGAAGAUUUGAAUCAUUGGAUUGGGAUUUUGCUGAGUUUGCUGGAAUAAAGAGUCGUUCAAAAGGAAAUUCUAAGGAGGGUGAGGAGGAUGACAAGGUAAUGAAAAAGUUUAAGACAAAUGAUGAUACUUCUGAACUUGACAAUGAUGUAAAUAUGGUUGAGUCUCCGACAGAACUAGAGACGUCACAGGUGCAAGGAAACGUUAAAAACACGUUUGAGUAUGGACACCGAGGAAAGGGUCCCUAUUGUGUUUUCGUUAGAAUCACUGAUGAGAAGUUAAAGUCAAAACCGAUUAGUAUUAUUGAAAUUGCGCGUAAAUUAUCUAAGAUUCUUAUCCGUUUUGAUGAUAUUACACUAAGUGCUAAGAACACGUGGCGUUUAAUGUUUAAUUCAAGAGCAAGCGCUAACACGUGUUUGACUAGUCCUAAUCUUGGUAAAUGUGGUUUGGAAGCGUUUAUCCCUAGCUUUUUACGUUAUAAAAAAGGCGUUAUUCGUGAUAUACCAGUUGAUGUGGGGACAGAUGAGAUCAAAAACUGUCUUACUUCUGAAAAUGCUGAUGUACAUAUCGUUGAUGUUUUUCGUCUUAAGAAGAAACCUAGUAUUUUAGAACGCUCUAAAGAUGGAAAAACUAAUUGGACCGAUUCGACUUCAGUCUGUAUCACGGUUCCAGCUACUCGACUACCUGAUAAACUUAAACUUUGGGGAGUUUUGUUGCCAAUAACUGACUAUGUAGCACCGAUACGUAUUUGUUAUAACUGCGGUCGUUUGGGUCAUAUUAAAUCCAAAUGUAAUAAUCAAAAAGUUUGCUUAAACUGUAGUCAAAUUCAUGAUCAAGAAGAGGGUACUGUGUGCAAUAAGGAUAAAAGAUGUAUUAAUUGUCAUGGUGAUCAUAGUACAUUGGAUACUUGUUGUCCUAGUAGAAAAGAAGAGAUGGUAAUUAAGAAGAUCAUGGCUCAUGAUAAUUUGUCUUUUAUGGAGGCUAGAAGAUCGUUGAGAUCUUUUGGUUCGGGUGAUAACGUACCAAAAAAGAGGUUUGAAAGUUUUGUACCAUCUUCAAAGGAAUUUCCUUCUUUACCGGGUAAAAGUUCCUCACCUUUGCCAUCAUCACCUUCUGUUAUUAAUAAGAAAACUUCAUGGAGUCAAGCGACAUUGAAACCCAGUAAGCCUAUUUCUGGUAGCGCGGCUGAUAUUUCAAAAGAUCAACUGUUUGGACUACUGACCAACGUUCUACAAGAGCUUUUAAAGGCAUUAUUGUGUUCACCAGAUAUUAGUUUAUUGAUAAACCAUAUCUUGAAGGCUGUUGAGCUCCACUUCCAACAUCAUGGCUCAAAAGAAAAAGGAAAAGAAUAG